AUGUCGGAUCCAACAGGAGGCUCGCUCCGUCAGAGAGCUGUUGCCGACGAAAAAUCGCUUGACAAUCGAUCUCUGAAGCGCAAUGUCGUCAAUGAUGUCAAGCACAAGGCUAGCGAUGCCAAGCAAGCCGCCAGACAUCCAAAGAGCAUGCUCGGCAAUUGGCGCAAUGAUUGCAUCGCCGCCGUCGGCGAAUUCUUGGGCACCGUCCUCUUCCUCUUGCUCGGCCUUGGCGGCAUACAGGCAGCCGCAACGAGCAAUUCCGCCAGUCUGGCCGCAGCGGCAUCGAGCGCGGGACAGUCUGACUCGAGCUCUGGCGCGCAAGCGAUCAACACUGUGGCCAGCGUCGAACAGCUCAUCUAUAUCUCGACCGCGAUGGGCCUAUCUUUGCUCAUCGCGGCUUGGUGUUUCUAUAGAGUGACAGGGAGUGUCUUCAAUCCUAACGUCGGUCUGGCUCUGGCCAUGACGGGAAUCCUGUCCCCCUUCCGGUUUGUGCUCUACGUCCUCGCCGAGACGACAGGCGCGAUUGCUGCAUCUGCAAUCUUAGACGGCCUCUUGCCCGGUCCUCUCGCGGUGACUCCGGCAUUAGGCGCAGGGACAAGCAACGCGCAGGGCGUCUGGAUCGAGGCCUUCAUCACAGCAGCGCUUUGCCUCGUGGUCAUGUUCCUUGCAGUCGAGAAGCAUGCCACCACGCCACUUGCACCCGUUGGCAUCGGCUUGACUCUCUUUGCAUCGCAUCUCUGGGCUGUCGUCUACACGGGUGCCGCAAUGAAUUGGGCGCGCGCGUUCGGCCCGUCUGUCGUCACCGGAUUCUCUUCCGAUCACUGGAUCUACUUUGUCGGCGAUGGCAUCGGUUCCCUGAUCGCUGUAGUGAUCUACUAUAUCUUCAAGAGCGUCAACUUCUACGAGCUCAAUCCAGGCCAGGACAGCUCGAAUGUCGAUGACUCGCCAGACCUGCUCGCGCCAUCAGAUCUGCUAGACGUCGUUCGCAGUCAGUCGGACAACCCAGAGACGCAAGAGACGACCGAGUCUGUCGUCGUCACCUCCAAGAAGGACGCCAGCGGCAAGCAGAUCAAUGCUACAUCCUCAGAUCGCCUUCAUCCCAAUGACUCUAUGGUCUAA